GGACUUCCCGGCUCCCGCCAACUGAACCAACCUUAAAUUUUUAUUUUAUUAUUCAUUCUUAAAUUUAACAAAACACUAUUAAUUUUUCCAUAAUGAAAAGAGGCGCUCUAAUAAUUGUUGAAGGCGUGGAUAGAACUGGAAAAACUACACAAUGCAAAGAACUUGUGAAGAAUUUAAAUGCAAAAAAUGUGCAAGCAGAAUACACAAAUUUUCCAGCAAGACACACUGAAAUUGGUAAAACCAUUAACAAUUAUUUGACAUUCAAGAAUAACUUAUCCGAUGAAGCCAUCCAUUUGUUGUUCUCUGCAAAUAGAUGGGAACGAGCACAGGAAAUUAGAAAGAUUUUGGAACAAGGGACAAGUCUCAUUAUUGACCGCUACUGUUUCUCUGGAGUUGCAUAUUCUGCAGCUAAAGGCUUAGACUUGAACUGGUGCAAAUCACCAGAUGUUGGCUUGCCCAAACCUGAUAAGGUAUUCUUUCUUACAAUGCCACUUGAAGUAGUGCAAGCUAGAAAAGGAUAUGGUUCUGAAAGGUAUGAAGAACUGGAAUUUCACAAGAAAGUAGCUCAGGUAUUCUCACAACUACAAGAUGACACUUGGGAUGUUCUGGAUGCAUCCAGAUCAGUAGAAUGCAUACAAGAGGAGUUAUUGGAGAAAACAUUAAAUAUUGUCAACAGUGUUGUAGAUAAGCCAAUUGGUAAAGUGUGGAGGGAAUAAAUAUAUACAGAGUUGUAUAUCUGUCUCAUAAUAAGUAUCUAGUAUAUAUUGGCUUGAAAUAUUGGGACUUAAUUGUUCGAUGAAGCCGUAGCUGAGGUCAACAGCAUUAGAAUAUUCAUAAAAAAAAACUAAGGUUUUAAUGUGGACCAGCUGGUGGCUCUAACCAAAAAAACACUAUAGUAGAAUAAUAAAUUUGAAGCUGUAAAGGCCAGCUGCGGCUAAUAGCAAUAUUAAUAAAAGAAAAACUGGGCCUUAAGAUGGACCAGCAUGGUGGCUGUAACCAAAGUAAUUGUAUCGAAUAAUAAAUUUAAAAUUGUAUUAAUUUUGUCAACAAAAUCAAACUUAUCUAGAAUGUCGAGAGUAGAAUAGUCACCACAAAAAAUUAUAUAAAUUUAUAUUUUUUUAAUUGCGGAUAUUUCGCUGUUGUGAUAAUAUAUAAAAUAAAUCAGAGAGACGCCGAUUCAUUUGUCCCUCUGCCACGUAUACCUAGAUUACUAUAUGUAGUCUGCAUUUAAUCAUUAUUUUUAUUAAUUCUUUACUGUUAUCUUUAGUACUAUUAGAUACUAAACCA